CUUAUACUCCACCAACCUAGCCCGCACCACAUAGCUUUAACCUCGUUGGAAAGCCCCAUCCAUCGAAUACCUACCCUCCUCCAGCAUUGGUUCCUGACAUAUUCUCCGCAUUUAUCCAUCCAGUCGUAACCUCUUGGUUGAAGUAUCCCUGCGGUAGCAUCAGAUAUCCCACACCACCACGCGUUCUCCAAACACACACACAAGAUACCUCGCACCACAUCCAGAAGCAUCGUCAACAUCGUCAACCCGACUUGCUUGCCCGCCAACAUCGAAAUUGUCAGCAUCUGACCCGCCUCCAGCAUCUUUGUUUUUUCCUCUUCGGUGAAACAUCACCCAGUACCCGGAAGUGGUGGCACAACUGGCUUCUGUUUUGCGGAACACCUCGGCGCCUGAAAGUAGCGUUCGGUACCUCUCGAACGACAUUAUGGACACAUACACACGAUUCUCACCGCAUAACGCUCAUCACGUUCACGGCCCGGCCGGAUCGUACUCACCACAACACGCCGCGACGGCGGGCCCCACGGGAAACGGCGGAUCUCCACACAUCGCAAAUACCAACAUGCAUCAAGCUGGGAACCACCCGUCCAGCUUGCACUCGCAAGUCCAUCAACAACCGUACUACAACAGCCAUCAUCACCAGUACGCGAUGGCUGCCGGCACAGGAUCCCAGGCAUACUACGCCAUUCCCGGCGCGGAAGGCAUGUCGAUUCAGGUGCCAGGAGGGGGGGCCGGUCCGAAAGGCUCGCCGAGGAUCAACCCGGCCGCCGUGAAGGUGAAACAGGAGAGAACGCAGCAAAGGUCACCUCAGAUGGCAACGGCGGUUGCAUCUCACGGCGGACAGAAUCAGUCGUCGGGGAUGCCUUCGGCGAACCAGCAAGCAGCGGCGAUGCCCGGUACCCCUCACAUGCCGGCCGCGGCCAGGCGGAUGAGUCAACAGCAAGGACCGAGCGGUAGUCCGGCGAUCCAGCAUGCCCAGCCCGUCAACAGCUCACGAACAUCCGCCCCACCACAACCGAAAACUCCCCAACAGCAGGCACCACCAGCGGUGCAGCAGCAGCAACAGCCUCCUCAACCUCCCCAACAGCCUCUACAGCACACUCCAGUACAACCGCAUCAACAAUCGCCCGACAUCGUCCCCGCCGAGGAGACCCCACUCUACGUCAAUGCCAAGCAGUUCCACCGGAUACUGAAACGGCGCGUUGCCCGGCAGAAGCUGGAAGAGGCCCUCCGUCUCACAUCAAAGCAACGGAAACCUUACCUGCACGAGUCACGACACAACCACGCCAUGCGGAGACCACGAGGUCCGGGAGGAAGGUUCUUGACCGCCGAUGAAGUGCAAGCGAUGGAGAGGGAGAAGCGGGGCAGUGGUGGGAUCGGCGGUGAUAUCGGGAUGCCGGAUGGUGCGAAGGAGAUUGAGAAGCCGAAUAAUGCCACACGAACGCCGAACAAGGGAACACAACAGCAGCAACAGCAGCGUAUGGCGACCGGGAACCCGCCAUCGAGUGGUUCCCUGAAGAGAAAGGCUGGGCAGGCAGGUUUGCCGCAAUCGAGUCCACUGAAGAAAUCGAAGGCUGGGAACGGGAGGAUGCGAGUGCCCACAGAGAGUGACGAUGACCUGGGCAUGGUGGAUGAAUAAGGGCUGGUUGGACUCGGGAGGGAUGGAGGGG